CUCCGCCCCUAGGCUAUCAACCAUACAGGACAGGCAUGACAGUAGGUUUGACCGAGCCAUUGAGAGUUUAACUCUAUUUCUCCCCCUCAACAGGAGCACUGUGUAAGACAUGCAUUUGUCGUUGUUUGGCGUCGGGAGUAGAAAAAUGAAAAUUCCCCCUCAAAAUGUGCAUCCUUGAGUAACCUUGUAUUACACAUUGUUCGGCGCCAGUAGGAAAUAUAGAUGUUCCUCCUCAAAAUUUUCAAGUACUGUUGUUCAACAUCGAGGAGAAAUAUUGAAAAGUACCCCUUAAAGUGUCUGUUCAUCGGUGUUUGACACAAAGAGAAGUGAAAAAGAAAACACCCCCGCUCAAAAUUUGCACUUGGCGUAUGUAGGCUCCAAGGAGGAGAAAAUAAAGAAAUACCUCUCAAAGUGUGCAUUUGAUGAUUUUUCUGUGAGGUAGUAUGCAUGCAUAUAAUCUCCUUCUUAAUGUGCAUGAGUUGAUUACUCAGCAGCUCAUUCACGCCCUUUAUGCAUGUGUGUGGAGCAAUCAAUCAGAUACCACACAUGACGAACCUACAGAAAAGCUAAUAAACCUUUGGUACCCAUUUUAGGGGCUUUUUAGCUGCCAGAGCCUUCUUCCGUCUUCGACCUUGUCGAAGGAGAGCUGCCCGCUUUAAUCGACAAGCUUCGGCAAUCUCCAUCGUCUGCUCUUUCUUUUGCGAUCUCCAUCGACGGAGGUAAGGGCUGCGCGAAUCAGAAGUUUUAUUUAGUUGGAGGACUUUGUCAAUCAAUAUGGACACAUGGCAAUUGGAGAGGAUAAGGAGGAGCUCGUUUUUUACGAUGAGGAAGAGGAAGAGCAGUCAGCAAACAAAGGUAAAGCAAUUUUCCCGGUUGUUGGCAUGAUUUUUACGGAUCGGAAGAUCAAAUUUCAGUUUUUCAAAGAAUUAAUAGCAUCUCUAUGGAGACCGGUCAAAGGGAUUUCUAUCAAAGAAAUUAGUGAUAAGAGAAGCAAACGAAACAUUUCUCUUCUCCUUCGACGGACAUACUUGCUCCGUAUCUCGCAAGGACGCCAUCUCCAGCCUCCAGAGAAUGGAAGCAAGUGAAACACCAAACAACUAUGCAUUAGCGCAUAGUGCUUUAAAUUCAAAACGUACCUUGAGAAGAAAGUCUAUAUAUUGGUGGUUUAAUGCUCAAACAUGGUUUAUGAAUACCAUAUUGUGGAUGUUUGUUGCAUUAUCUACAAGGCGUAGACGGACACAAGGUAUUCGUUAUUUAAUAGAUAAUUUUUCCAAGAGGGAGGGAUAUUUUAAGAGAUUAGUACAUGGACCCGAAGCAAAUUGCAUUUCCCAAUUGCGGAUGAGUCGUGUUGCUUUUUUCAAGCUGUGUGAUAUGCUGGUUACAAAUGGUGGGUUGAGACCAACCAAGCAUAUGAUAGUAGAAGAGCAAGUAGCUAUUUUUCUACUUGUAUUAUCCCAUCAUCGAAAAAAUAGAACAUUGAUAAGUGAGUUUCAAAGAUCUGGGAG